CGGGUGGGUUGGUCAGGGAUCGGCAGAUAAAGGCAGAGCUCGGGGAGGCGGGGCGGAGGGGCCAGGAGGGCGGGGCGCCCGCCCCCAGCCGCGCUGUCGCCGCCCAGCCGAGCCCAAGCUAGCCGGUCUCGCGGGUCGCUGGCCAAGCACUCUGGAGCACCCCCCCACCCCCGCAGCGGCGCCCCCACUUUCCAACCCCUGCGGCGCGCGCGGAUGCAGCUGGUCCGGGACGCAGGCAAGACACAGGGCGCGGGGCGCGAGGAGCCGGGUACUGGAGCGGUAUGCGGACGCAAGGCCUCUCCUUCUGAUGAGACGAGAAGGGAAGGAUGGAUUACACGCACCAAACUGCCCUGGUCCCGUGCGGACAGGAUAAAUACAUGUCCAAGAAUGAACUUCUCCUCCAUCUGAAGACCUACAACCUGUACUAUGAAGGCCAGAACCUGCAGCUCCGACACCGAGAGGAGGAAGACGAGUUUAUUGUGGAGGGGCUGCUGAACAUCUCCUGGGGGCUGCGCAGGCCCAUUCGACUCCAGAUGCAGGACGACCACGAACGCAUCCGUCCGCCUCCAUCCUCCUCCUCCUGGCACUCUGGCUGUAACCUGGGCGCACAGGGCACCACCCUGAAGCCCCUCACCAUGCCCACAGUCCAGAUUUCCGAAGCGGACGCGCCCACUGACACCAGCGAGACACCUAGCCCCACAGACUCCAGGGGCCUGAAGCCUGUGCAGGAGGACACCCCACAGUUGAUGCGCACACGCAGCGAUGUUGGGGUGCGUCGCCGUGGCAAUGUGAGGACAUCCAGUGACCAGCGGCGAAUCAGACGCCAUCGCUUCUCUAUCAAUGGCCAUUUCUACAACCAUAAGACAUCAGUUUUCACACCAGCUUAUGGCUCUGUCACCAACGUCCGCAUCAAUAGCACCAUGACCACCCCCCAGGUCCUGAAGCUGCUUCUCAACAAGUUUAAGAUUGAGAACUCGGCAGAGGAGUUUGCCCUGUACGUGGUCCAUACCAGUGGUGAAAAGCAGAAGCUGAAGAACUCCGACUACCCCCUGAUCGCCCGCAUCCUCCAGGGCCCCUGUGAACAGGUCUCCAAGGUCUUCCUGAUGGAGAAGGACCAGGUGGAGGAGGUUACCUAUGAUGUGGCCCAGUACAUCAAGUUUGAGAUGCCAGUCCUUAAAAGCUUCAUCCAGAAACUCCAGGAGGAAGAAGACCGGGAGGUGGAGAAGCUGAUGCGCAAGUACACCGUGCUUCGGCUAAUGAUUCGGCAAAGGCUGGAGGAGAUAGCAGAGACCCCCGAGACUAUCUGAGCCACGGGAGCAAGGGGAAUCCAGACACUCCAGGGGCUGCCGCUGACCUGAGAAGACCCGUGGGAAGCUAGGCACCGGCCUUCCACACAAACCUCUGCAGCCCCCCAGAAGCCAGCAUUGCUCCCUGGAGUAGGACACAGAAGAAAUGUUCCCUAUUUCUGGACCCCUGUCCUUCUUUGUUUUAUUCUCUAAGGAGGCCCCACAAGGUGUGUGUUCACAUGUCCUAGUGUGUGUGUACUCACAUACCUGAGCAUGUGUAUGUGUGUGCUUACAUACCUGGGUGUAUGUGUGUGCACACUCAAAUAUGCGUACGUGUACUUCUUAUGUCCAUGUGCCUCCUUGAUAUUUUCACAUGCAAUUAAAUUCCAAGCAGCCAGCACGGGUGCCACGAGGUGGCAGACACUGCUCCCGGGCAGGAAGAACAGGGGAGGAGCUAAGGCUUUUGCCCCUUCAGGUGCCAACGGCAGUCACACAUAUCUGCCCUAUUUGAAAGGGAAGAGGGUCCUGCAGGCUCACCAUUUGGAAUGGCUGAAGGUUUGUAGCAGAGAUUCUCCCCAUUUGCCAAGAAGGAUGGGUGACUAUGAGAUCCUUGGGAAUUAGCGAUGUGAUAGCCCCAUGCCCUUGGGGGCAAGUCAAGUGAAAUGGAAACGUGAGGUCACUGUGGGGCAGAUGCAAUGUGUCCACGAGUUUUUUUUUUUUUUGGUUUUUCGAGACAGGGUUUCUCUGUGGUUUUGGAGCCUGUCCUGGAACGAGCUCUUGUAGACCAGGCUGGUCUCGAACUCACAGAGAUCCGCCUGCCUCUGCCUCCCAAGUGCUGGGAUUAAAGGCAUGCGCCACCACCA